CGGUCCCUAACGUUCAGACAGUCCUUGAAAAACUGAAUACGGGUUUAAAUCGUAUGAAGGAUUAAUCAAGUGUAAAACGACUUUAGCUACGUCACGUGAUGGAUACACAGUUCCCUAUUCUUUUAUAUAUACUGCGGAAGCAUUGCAUGUUUGUCUGUUUAUCCGUGGUUUAUAGACACAGCCUGUCUGUCACAAUAUCCUAAGCUAAACAUCGCGCUGUGAACGGGCAUGGAAGAUGACGUGGUAGACGCUAACAUUAUUAGCAAAACACAGGACCGUGCCAACUGGAUGUCCCAACUACCCCAGAGUCUGUGGGAUGUACCCCUGUACAACCUCGCUCUCCCAGGCAGCCAUGACACCAUGACCUACUGCUUAGAUCGGGAAUCUCCAUUGUCGGUGUCAAACCCCCUUGUGCUGAAAAUACUGGACUGCAUUAUCCCCUGCAUCACCCGUCCAUGUCUGUACAAGUGGGGCACCACCCAGCUGCAGGCAGUCUCAGCCCAGCUGGACAUUGGGAUCAGAUAUUUUGAUCUCAGGAUCGCCCAUAAGGAGGGUGACACCACCGACGCUCUGUAUUUUGCCCAUGGGAUUUACACCCUCCUGACUGUGAAGGAAACACUCAGGGACAUCGCGAAGUGGCUCAGCUGCCACCCGAAGGAGGUGGUGAUCCUCGCCUGCUCCGUGUUUGAAGGACUGACCCCUGACCUGCACCAAGACACCAUUCUCUUCAUGAAGAACCUGUUUGGAAGAAAGAUCUUCCCAAAUAUAAGUGAGGAACCUGCCACCCUGAGAAUGUUGUGGAAGCUGGGUUGCCAGGUCAUCAUCUCCUAUGACGACCCAGCAGCCUCUGGCCACGAGGAGCUGUGGCCAAAUAUCCCGUACUGGUGGGCGGACCAAGUGGACCCCAAAGCGGUCCUCUCCUAUCUGGACGAACAGAAACAGCUGGGGAGGCCAGAGGGAUUUUUUGUGGCAGGCCUCAACCUCACUGAAGACACCCAGUACAUCCUUACCCAUCCCUGUCAGUCCAUGAAAACACUGACACUGCGGAAUUACCGUCUGUUUUUGGACUGGGUUCAGAAGCAGGCUCCUGGGCCGGGCAAGACCUGUCUGAAUAUCAUCUGCGCGGAUUUCGUCGGCAAUAGUGAUUUUAUUUCCGUUGUCAUUGACCUCAAUAAGAAGCUUGCUGCACGACUGACCUCAUGAUGCGAUGCCAAGAUAAUUCUGUAUUUCUGAGUGUUCGGUUAUUGACACACAGCUGAGUGAGAUGGUGCUUGAAUUCAAAGUGAUACAAAGUGGUUGAAUUCACAGCAUCAACAGUACUGAUGUUUAUUUUUCACAGUACAGGCCUAGACAACAGUCCUGCUGUUUGGCAUUUGUGUGGCAACACAGUUUUAGAACGAGACCUUUGGUUUGGCCAUGUUUUGAAGCUUCACAGAGCACUUAUGAAUAUUUUUUUAUUAUUAACUGAGGCCAUAAACCACAGGGAUAAAACAUUUAUGCACCUCAUAGCAAUAACCCAGACACUGGAAUUUACUAUUCGAUGUGCUUCACUGAAAUCUGUGAUAAAUGUGUUACCUCUUGUUCCUGUCAGUAUUUUUUUAUCUAAGUUUACAUUCUCUCUUUUUUAAGUACAAUAAGCACAUCUGUGCAGUAAAUGUUAAUUGCUUCAUUUAUACUUUUUUGCUCUUUGUUUUAUGUUUUAAUCCUUGUUUAAGUGUAACUGACUUUAAUCACAUUGAGAAAAAUCGUUUGCUUAAUAUGCCAAGUGAAAUACAUUAUUUUAUAUAAUAUUAUUGUCUUGUUUUCAAUUUUGAGCGCAAGCAUUAUUUCACAGAUUAAUGUAAACGUUUUGACGCUUAAUUUGUGUGCUCUUUGUAGACGCACCCUUAUCAGGCGAUACCAUUAAAUUGCUUUGAAAGGGGACGUAAAAUCAA